AUACACUGGAUUACACUUGCUGUGUAUAGGCGAUAGCUCUUCUAGUGACUGCCAUACCGUCUGUAUACACGUUAGACAAUGGAGACUCCUCGUUAGAAGCAGCUGAAGAUCUGCCGAGUGUCUUCCCUGCUAUUCUGGCUAGAAAUUCAGCUCACAUGCUACCCAACUUUUUCGGUUAUCUGGAGAACUUGGACUCUAAAGACAGGAUUUCAUUGUGGAUCAGAACAGACCAAAACGGUGACAACACCACGUCAAUACUUGCUGAGUGGGCAGAAAACGUUAAGUUCUUGUACAAAUCGGUGGACUUGAAGUCAUCGGACGAGUGGCUGUAUCCGAACCUUGACCCCUUCGAAGAGCAUGACGAGAGGUUCGUCCAUGUUGCCCAGCUGAGACAGGAAGGUCUGGAGGCGGCCAAGCGUUCAGGGGCAGAUUACCUCUUUCGGCUAGACUGUGACAACUUUCUGGUGAACAACAGGACACUACCGAUUCUGAUGGAUCAGCAAAGGUGUUCAUGAUUGGGCUAGUACGGAGGCCAGAAAGAAGGAACCGGAUAAUUUUAAGCCUGGACGAGCUCAACUUCAACUACACCCUCUUUGAUGCUGACAGUUGAAUCAGAGCUACCUGGACAGUCUGGGCAUCAAGUACCUACCCGGCUGGAAGGACCCUUGGGGAGAACGACCUAUGACCUUUGGAGAGGUCGGCUGUUUCCUUAGUCACCACACGAUAUGGCAGCAGAUGAUGACGGAGGGUCUGAAUCAAAUCCUGAUUCUGGAGGAUGAUGUCGUGUUUGAGCCCUACUUCCGACAUGACCUCACUAGAGUGCUGGAAGAGGCCAAUCGGAUCACACCAAACUGGGACCUCAUAUAUGCAUUUCAUGGGGACGGGUCUUCUUCACUGUACUGGGCCUGUGACCAUGGCAACCUGAACAUGGUGAAACUACUUAUGAAGAGGGGAGCAGAUGUUAAUAUUCAGGACACAGACAAUCAGACACCUCUUCAUUAUGCUGUGUCAUGUGAUCAUCAUGCUGUCAUCUCUUAUCUACUGCAAGUGGCCAAAGCAAGAACAGACAUUGCAGAUUGUGAUGGCAACCUACCUCAAGAUGUGACUGAGAAUCAAGCAAACUAGACAACUUUUUAAUUGGUUUUUGCAUUAAUUUUGCACAUUAUUUUCCCUUGCACUUAUAUAUAUAUAAUUAUGACCACAUUUUGUACUUGAUCAAAGAGAAUGUAACUGUAUGGUGAAAUGCAUGGCAAUGGUUGAGAAACAGUAGACACAAAAAUUAUAAGACAAAAUGAUGUAGUGUAAAGCAAUCUACGUAUCUAUCAGAGGCUAGCUGCCAUGGUAACAGUACAGUUAAUAAGGUACAGAG